AAAAAGUAAUCGCUUUUUUGACUGCGUUGAGCUUCCGUAGAGUAGGAAUUGGUUUCCAUAGAGAUCAUCUAUGGUAGAUGCGAACGAACACCGUAGCUAGCUCAGACCUACGACAGAGGAGGAACCAGUGCAUGUUUAGCUGUACAGUGCUCGCAGGUCAAAAUGUCCUUCAGAGACUUAAGAAAUUUCACAGAAAUGAUGAGGGCCUUGGGCUAUCCUCGGUUGAUAUCAAUGGAGAACUUCAGAACACCAAACUUCACUUUAGUGGCAGAAAUCCUAAUAUGGCUUGUAAAGAGAUACGAGCCUCAGAUGGAUAUUCCCACUGACGUAGAUACAGAAUCAGACAGAAUAUUCUUCAUCAAGGCCGUGGCCCAGUUCAUGGUAACUAAGGCUCACAUCAAGUUGAACACCAAACGUCUCUACCAGGCCGAUGGCUAUGCAGUGAAAGAGAUGCUGAAGAUCACCUCAGUGCUGUACAGCGCUAUGAAGACCAAGCAGAUGGCCCUGGGAGACCGAAUCGAGGAGGACAACAGCAAGUUCAAGUUCGACCUCGGUUCCCGGAUUUCAGAUCUUAAAGCAGCUCGGCAGCUGGCAUCCGAGGUCACAUCUAAAGGAGCAUCGCUGUAUGAUUUACUGGGAAAAGAGGUGGACCUAAGGGAAAUGAGAACUGCGGCUAUCGCCAGACCUCUGGAGGUCAAUGAGACUGAAAAGGCCCUGAGAGCUGCCAUCAAGGAGGUUUUGGAAAGUGUGGAGAAGACCAAAGAAAUGCUGAGUAACGUUGUUUCUGAUGAAACCAGUCUGGACAAUAAAAUAGAAAAGAAGAAGCAGGACCUGGAGAGGAAUCGGAAGAGGCUCCAGACACUGCAGACUGUCAGACCGGCCUUCAUGGAUGAAUAUGAGAAGAUAGAGGAAGAUCUGCAGAAGCAAUAUGAUACCUAUGUGGAGAAGUUCAGGAACCUCUGCUUCCUGGAGUCUCAGCUGGAUGAAUACCAUAGACUGGAGCAGGAGAGGUUUGAGGAGGCUGAGAACACGCUGAGGAUGAUGCAGCACAAAUUGAGGGAGGAGGACAGGGAUCUGAUGAGGAGUUCCUUGAAAGAUGAGGAUUCUGACAUGGACGUCCCAGAAGACGAAGGUUCAGACAGCGACAUGGAAGAGUGUCGACCUUCUAAGCCACGGCCCACACGAAACAGCAUUGUAGCAGGAAGAGGAGCUCGAUUCAUUGGGAACAUGCAGGGUGGUGACAGUGAUGAGCCCUCUGUAGACGUUUCCAGAAGGUCAAACCCUCAUGCCAAAAAACAACGGAAAGGAAAGGACAAGGAAUGGAUCCUCUUGAGUUGCAGGGCAUAGCCUGUGUCCUCCUGAAAUAACUGUCAGGAAUGGUAACAGACCUACUGCAAUUGCUUUAGCUCAUUGUCUAUUUUCUCCAUGAGCGACACAGUGAUUUUAAAAAGUACACAGAUAUCAUGUGCAUAUGAUGCAUCAUACCAUCAUACACCACUUCAUUACAUUCUGCUCCACUGAUGCAUCUGUGGGUGUAAAAAUUUGGUAUUUCUGUCUCUUCUAAAUGCAUUUUGGCCUGUAUAAUUUUUUAAACAUUGGUGCAAAUGUUUUUAACAGUGUCGGAGUGUUUGUAAUGGAUUUUUCCUUUUAAAUUAGGUGAAUGGUUUAACUGGUGUCAGUAGAUAUCUGGCUCCAGGUGGACAUGUCCCAGUUCAAUGAUUCACUGUUAGAAUCACGAAGAGGUGAUUCAGUGAUUAGAUCCUUCAGUCUGAUUGACGUUUUUAUGAGACAUUAGCUGGUUCAGUGUUUAGUUAGAAUGAAAACAUGUCCAUCCCUGUUGUAGUUGCACAUUGUGUGUUGAAUAAUUGCCCAGGAAAGUAAAGUUGACGUAUUUAAUCAUUUCCGUGGACUCUGAUAACUAUGAGCUUUUUGUAAUUGUUGUCGUAAUUAUGUGUCCCUGCUUGCCUGCUGUUUCAGACUGAAGACAGCGAGAUUGAUGUGGACGAGGAUGACGAGGAAGAUGAGGAAGGCGAGGAGGAGGAGAGCAAGGAUUUGGAGGAUGACAGUCUGGAGGGCCCAGUGUCCAAGGGUGCUCGCCCCUCCAGGGGUGGCAUGAGACCGCCUCUGCUGGAGGAGAGCGACAAUGACUUCUGACUGAAGAA